AUGACUGACAAUGAAGAAGAAACACAAUUACGAAAAGAUUUUAUUGAAUCAUCAUCAUUUGAUUCAUUACCAAUAAAAAAAUGGUUAAAAGAUCAAUGUCGUUUGCUUGGUUUUGAACAUCCAACACCUGUACAAUAUACAUGUAUACCACGUAUUCUUGAAGGUCAAGAUAUUUUAGCAUGUGCUAAAACUGGUUCUGGUAAAACAGCUGCUUUUGCAUUACCUAUUCUUGAUAUACUUAGUGAUGAUAUUUAUGGUAUAUUUGCACUUAUUCUUACACCGACACGAGAAUUAGCGUAUCAAAUUGCUGAUCAAUUUCGUGUUUUUGGUAAACCAUUAGGUUUAAAAGAUUGUGUAAUAACUGGUGGUAUGGAUAUGAUGAUUCAAAAUUCAGCUCUAACUGAAAGUCCACAUAUUGUUAUUGCAACACCCGGUCGACUUGCUGAUCAUAUUGAAAGUGGUACUGAAUUUUCAUUGAAUAAAAUAAAAUUCUUAGUACUUGAUGAAGCUGAUCGUUUAUUAGAAGAUAAUUUUGGUAAACAAUUACAAACAAUAUUUUCAAUAUUACCUAAACAACGACAAACACUUUUAUUUAGUGCAACUAUAACUGAUACAAUUAAACAAGUACAAUCAAUAUCAGAACGAAAACCAUUUGUAUUCGAUGGAAAUUUAUUACAUCAACCAGUAGAAAAACUUGAGCAAUAUUAUUUAUUAGUACCAGCUAAUGUUAAAGAUGCUUAUCUUUUUCAUCUAUUAUCUUUAUAUCAUAGUAACAAUGAUGAUGAUGAUAAUAAUAAUGUUAAAAAACAUAGUAAUUCAACUAUAAUUUUUACUAGUACAUGUCGUGAUUGUCAAAUUUUAUCUAUGAUGUGUCGAAAAUUUCAUAUGCCAUCUGUUGAAAUUCAUUCACUUAUGAAACAACGACAACGUUUAGCUGCAUUAGCAAAAUUUAAAUCUCUUCAAGUUCGUAUAUUAUUUGCUACUGAUGUAGCAUCAAGAGGUCUUGACGUUCCUAGUGUUGAUCUUAUUAUUAAUCAUAAUGUACCAUUUGUACCAAAAGAAUAUGUUCAUCGAGUAGGACGAACAGCUCGUGCUGGUCGUUGUGGUACUGCUAUAACACUUGUAACACAAUAUGAUGUUAAAUUAAUGCAUAAAAUUGAAGAUCGUAUAAAUAAACCAUUAAUAGAAUAUCGUAUAAAAGAAAAAGAAGUUCUUAAGCUUCUUGUUGAAAUUUCAAUGACUCGAAGUCAAGUUGAAAUUCAACUUGAUGAAGAAGAUUUUGGUGAAGCUGAAAAAAUUAAUAAACGAAAACAUCGUCUUCUUGAACAAGAAAUUUUAAAUGAAAAUAAAUCAUUAGAAAAAAAAUCGAAAAAUAAACGAAAAAAAAAGAAACGAUUAAAUUCAAAAAAAUAA